CCCAACUGGUGUAAAACAGAAAUUCAAUAAUGCCUGAAUAAAAAUUAUUUACAGACAUACCUGAGCAGCAAGAGUUGGCUUAAAGGGAAACAUGCAGCUACUUAGUGAAUAGAUGUAUGAAAGAAGCAAGGUGAAACUGAAGAAAAGGAGAGGUAAAAGAAAUGUAAUUACAUCAAACCGGAGGAGGAGAAGUGGGCAUCAUAAGUGACAUCAAAACAGAAGAACAAAAUAACAGUGGGAAUAACAAAACAAGCAACAGACGACUUCCUGUUUCUGCUGGCUGUGAAUCUGCUAUUUGCUCUGACAGCUGUGAGCCUGCUUGCAACUUUUCUAUUACUGCCAUAUCUGCUUGCAGCCAAUGAACUCAUCUUGUUUUCAAAUGUCGCAUCACUCUGAAAUGUUGGCACCCAACCGAAAUGUCAACGAGUUUCCUGUGCAGUCAAGAGCAGCAAGUCACGGAGUACGAGAAAGUACGAUAUAUUUUGUUAUGGCGGAGGAUGUGAAGUAAUUUAAGCGACCGUUUGAGAGUACAGGCGAUUGUUUCGACCAGGGAAUGCUAUACGAGAGAUUGCAGUGUUGCGACGAGUUGUCCUUGCUGGAUCUCAGCAAGAUGGAAGUCCCAGGACUGAGGAUCAACUUCACAGACCCUAACCUGUGGGUUGCUGCCCUGUGUAUUGGAUUCAACCCGCUAUUUUGGAAUGUGGUGGCCAGAUGGGAAUACAGAACCCACAAGCUCAGCAGACUGUUUGGGUCCCCAUACAUUGGAUGUUAUGUCCUGGCAGUUAUGAUAUUUUUUCUUGGCAUUUACAGGGAUGGGAGGUACAGACUAGCUCUUCAAAGUCAGCCCAAGUCCCCUGAGUUAUUUAGUAACUGGAUUCUCUGGUCAGGAUAUGUCUCUAUACUAGUAGGGAGCAUGCUGGUGUUGACUAGCUUCUUCACUUUGGGAGUCACAGGGACAUUUUUAGGAGAUUAUUUUGGCAUUUUGCUUGAUGAAAAAGUGACCAGUUUCCCAUUUAACAUAAUGGACAACCCUAUGUAUUGGGGAUCUACUAUGAACUUCUUUGGUGUAGCUCUUAUACAAGCUAGCCAUGCAGGUCUCUUGCUCACUCUUUGGGUUGCUGUGUCUUACAAGAUUGUUAUCAUGUUUGAAGGGCCAUUUACUGAAGCUAUUUACAGUAAAAAGACAAAACUAAAAAGUAACAAUCACGCAGAUUAGAUGCUUCCUGAGCCAUGAACAUGGAAUAAUGUGCCAAGUUCAAGGGGAUAUGACACAGUUUUCUAAGACCUUCCAACAUUAUCUCUGCAGAUGGUCCCCAUUCUCUGGGAGAUCAGGAGUUCACCACUAGGAAUAAGACGUGGUGUUUUUCUUAUUUAUACAUUGUCUUCCAUGACUCUUGAAAAACUCUUGAUAUUAAACUAUACAUCAAAUCAUCAUUUGAUGGAAAACUUAAGAAUUUCUUUGUAAUGGUCUUGUAUAUUUCAUGCACUGAUCCAUUACUAUUACACAAUUGAUUUCAAGAAAAAUGCCAUAGAUAUUUAAAGUUAAUAUUUAUAAAACUUGCAACAAAAAUUACAUUACUGUAGCAUUUGCGUAGAAAUACUAUGAUUUGGAGUAUAAUUGUAGUAUUUAUACUUGAGAAAUGGUGAAGAGGAUUCUCCUGCAGUUUAAAACUAUUUCAAUAGUCAAAUUGGCCAAAAGCAGUCAGUAAGAUGCUUGUCAGCUAAGUUUAGACUAUACAAUUUAUCCUUUAAAAGGAUAUUAAAUGAACAAUGCAAAGUAUGUUAGUAUUAGUCAUAGUAAAUGUCUAUUUUAGUUUA